AUGGAAUCUGGUCACACCAGAUCUGACAAUGGAUGGCGUGUUGUUUUCAAGCAGGAGCGUCCGAUUGGCAAGCCAUGUCUGUGGAGACUUGAGCUCCGGUCAUGUUGGUGGAUUUCUGCCUCUUUCAAUCGAAGAGCUGGCCUCUUGUCUUCACUCUCUUCUUCGGAGGGCAAAAAGGAAAAGGCAGUGAGCUUUGAUGACCAGGCUUCUCAUUUGAUAUCAGAACAAGCUCUUUGGGUACCCUUCUCCAGGUUCAAAGAAGCAUGGUUUUACAAGGAGUUCAAGUUCCAGGCCACGGAUCUUGAAUCCAAUUACCAUGUUGUCCUUGUCCAUGGAGGUGGUUUCGGUGCUUGGUGUUGGUAUAAAACUAUUUCCCUUCUGCUGGAAGCUGACUUUAAAGUUUAUGAAGUAGACUUAACAGGUUCUAGCAUCCAUUAUUCUGAUACAAACAGCGUUAGAAAUCUAGCCGAAUAUGUAAAGCCACUUUCUGAUAUUUCAGACAUGCUUGGUGAAGGGGACAGGGUUUGUGAUUCCGGCGGUGCCUGUAUCUCAUGUGUGAUGGAGUCGUUUCCAUCUAAAGCUGUUGUUUUUAUUGCUGCAAUAAUGCAGUCCAAUGGCAGAGUGCCCCUGGUAUAUUUUCUCAACAGCAUUGCAUCAUACUGUGCAACAAUGGUGGAAGAAGCUGUCGAGAAUAUAAAGCUAGCAGUUAGUGCAAGCCAGAACCAGGACCCGUGUUCUUGA